AUUUUAUCUGCAACUGCAAGACAAAGCUAUAUAUCAUUGCUUUUCAUCCAUUGUCUCUUUAAAAUUUCAUCUUUUUAUAAGCCUUUUCUUAAAUUUUCUAUUUAUUCGUCUGCUUGGUUGCAGAACGAAGAUAAUUGGUUAGCUGAUUCGAGAAUCGGGUUUGGUCUUUCAGUUUCUAUAAAUUGAAUUAUCAAUUAUUUAAUUUUAUCAGCGACAAACAGCGCGUUUGUUCAAUUGGCAAAGAUGACUAAAAGUUCCUUCAAGAUAGAGCAUGAUUUUCAAAAGAGGCGUGCCGAGGCUGAGAGAAUUAGAGAGAAAUAUCCGGAUAGAAUUCCUGUGAUUGUAGAGAAGGCUGAGAGAAGUGAUAUUCCCUCCAUUGACAAGAAAAAAUAUUUAGUGCCGGCUGACCUGACAGUCGGUCAGUUUGUUUAUGUGAUACGGAAGAGAAUUAAACUGAGUGCAGAAAAGGCAAUCUUCAUAUUUGUGGACAAUGUCCUCCCACCUACAGGAUCAGUAAUGUCUACCAUUUAUGAUGAAAAGAAGGAUGAAGAUGGAUUUCUGUAUGUUACAUACAGUGGAGAAAACACAUUUGGGUCAUAGAUGCUGCCAUAGCCCCAGUGCUUUAUUCUGUUAUCUGUGCUUUUCCUCAUCCUGUAUUUAUUUCCUGCAUUUCCUUCCAGUUAUAAUAUUCCGUCACCUUUCCCCACCAGUACACUUUGUAUAUAGCUGGCUUUAUGUGUACAAACUACGUGGUAUCAUAUUGAUGAAUAAUUUAUUACCCACUUGGUUUUGAAUUA